AGUUACCAUUUCAUAGUCUCGCAACAAUGUUGGUCUACACUUUAAUGUAUUUGCUCUUUAUAAUUGGUCAAUGUUUAGCAUAUAACAGUCAAUGGGUGCCUAGUUUUUACUUGGGUACUUAUCCUGAAAGGUUUCAAACAUUAAGAAUGUCUCGGGGAUCGUGUAUUGUUUCUUUGAACACUUUUAGAACCAAACAUUAUAAUGUAGAAAUACCUUUAAUCAAUGGAUCGACACCAGCAGGUUUUUGUUCAAUAUUGAUUAACAGCAUUGAGAACUCAAGUCUAGCAAUAGCAAUAGAUCAAGGAUUGACAGACUUAAACAACAGUAUAAUGAAUCAAAGCAUCAAGCUAUUUAGAGUCAAGAAUGGAAAUUUGAACCUUAUCCAAGAUGUCUGUGGAUCAACUCGAUCAACUGAUUUUCCUGGUCUAACAUUGGCUGAAUCAAAUAUUGCAAUACUUUUAAUAAAAGCAGACCAAAGUAUUAAUUUUUCAUUAAGCGUAUACACUUAUCAAUCUUUAAAUAUUAAAAUGUAAACAGACUAUUUAUGAUAAAAAUAGC